CACGCCGAUUGGCUGCGACGGGAGCGGACCUUCCCCUUCCCCCCCGGUUGGGCCGCGCUCGGUGCUUGGCAGCCAGAGGGUCGGCGCCGCCAUCGCCAUGGGCACCCGCGACGACGAGUACGAUUACCUCUUCAAAGUUGUGUUGAUUGGAGACUCCGGGGUUGGGAAGAGUAACCUGCUGUCACGCUUCACACGCAAUGAGUUCAACCUGGAGAGCAAGAGCACCAUUGGGGUGGAGUUUGCUACCAGGAGCAUCCAGGUGGAUGGGAAGACGAUAAAAGCACAGAUCUGGGAUACUGCAGGACAGGAGAGAUACCGUGCCAUUACUUCAGCGUAUUACCGCGGCGCCGUCGGGGCCCUCCUGGUCUAUGACAUUGCCAAGCACCUCACCUAUGAGAACGUGGAGCGCUGGCUGAAGGAGCUGAGGGACCACGCAGACAACAACAUUGUCAUCAUGCUGGUGGGCAACAAAAGCGACCUCCGCCACCUCAGGGCUGUGCCCACCGACGAGGCGCGCGCUUUCGCAGAAAAAAAUAACCUGUCUUUUAUUGAAACUUCUGCUCUGGAUUCAACAAAUGUAGAAGAAGCCUUCAAGAACAUCCUUACAGAAAUCUACCGCAUUGUUUCUCAGAAGCAGAUUGCAGACCGGUCUGCACACGAUGAGUCUCCUGGCAACAACGUCGUCGACAUCAGCGUCCCACCGACCACCGACGGACAGAAAUCCAACAAACUGCAGUGCUGUCAGAACCUGUGACCUCCUGCAGACGACUCUGAUGCCCCUCACUUCGUCUGUGCUUCAUUUAGAAACUUGUGUGCACUUCUUUAUCUCCUGUGAUUCAGUGACUCCCCUCCCCUCCUUCCUUCACCCCAUCCCAAUCUUCUCCUUUCAUCUUAGAGCUUCAAUUGUAGGGCUAACAUUCUCCUGCCUCUAAGAUCCCCUUGAAUGUGAUGAGUUUUGGGCUUGAAAUGUUGGCACUGAUCUGAUAGACGUGUUUGUGUUGGAACAUCUGCUGCUGGAUAUCAUCCCAUGAAACGCUCUCCUCAGAUGGUUUUGAGUUUUGUUCUGGGAGAGAAACCAUGGGGGCUCGACUGAAACAGCUGAGGAAAUAACUGCAUUUAGGUUACAAGGCUUUUUCCUGCCAUAGUCAGAUUUUCUCUCCUGUUUCUGUAAACGCAGGGGAGAAAUUGAAUGGAAAAGCUGUCCUACCCAACGCUCUGUUUUCUGUCCCAAUGAAGUUUCACAGUGAGGUUUUUAGUGGUUGCACACACCUAAGAAAGCUGUUGAAAAUAACCUGACUUCUGAUGUAAUUACCACUAGUACAGUUAGUCUGGCUGUGUAGUUUACUGUUUCCUGCCUGGGAAAUCUUUCUCUCUUCUUGUUUUAUUUGGGAACAAUGAAGUAUGUCUGCAUCGCUUCUUCUGCCACCACCGAUGCCUGUGCUGCUGCUGCAGGCGUGGUGGAGUGGCUUAAUAUUUAUUCAUGGCUUAUGUUAAUCAGUUAACAUUAUUGUACAGUAAGUGCCAGCAUCUUCCUUUCAAACAACCACCAACUUUUGCGACCUGUAGGCUGAUUUUGUACUGUAGAUCAGUGUCUGAAAGCAGGACCUCCCCUAGAUCCAGGAUUUAUUUUGCAUGCUGCUUUUUCUCUAGAAUUCCCCUCCCCUGUUUUGAGUGAGUGAAGCAAUAUUUUCAUGUCAUGUAUAUACCUGCACUUGUAAGGGUUUCGGUUGUCGUUAGAGAAACACAACACUUUAUACAUUUUGUAAAACUCCUGCAGAACCAUUGCAUCUCAAACUUUUCUUUCACUGCUGACCUUGUGCACAACCCUGACCUUUCCUACAAGGCGUAACACCGAGUUUCACAUAACUACUAACCUGCUGCUUCCCUCUUCUUCUGUUUGACCCAACUGCAGACCGUAAUUCUCAAAUGAUUGUACUUCACUGGGUGGAACAGAUCUGCCAUCAGCAGGGCUAACCACCAUCAGAUUUGUUCUUGCUGAGUGGGAGGAAUGUUACCACAGCUCCAUGUAUCGCUCUUUCGCUAGCUUGUGAAAACCCUGAUGAUGGCUGUCCAUCACUCACUGGCUCUCUUGCUCUUGCAUCCUCCAGUAAGCACUGAAUGUUACGGUGAGGCAGCUCCAGGUGAAGCUGUGUGAAGGAGGAGGUGCUGAUCUGCUGCUCUCUGAAGACGAGUGAAGCAAUUUGCAGUGAAUUUUUGCUCUGUAUACUUCCGAAUUCCGAGACUGUGCCUCACUUAAUGAACCUACCUGCAUGUUAGUGAGUUGAAAUAUUCCCUGAUACAAAGCAAAUAUGAAACUGUAAAUUGUACUUGAAGGGGAAAUCUGACAUUCCAGUCUCAACUGUUCUGUCUGGUUAUGUAAUAAAAUCAAGGGCGGUUAA